UCGGCUCGCUGCAGUUUUCCUCACAGAAUGGAAGUAGUCGUGGAGGUGAUACGGACUAAACUAGCUUGACUUAGCGGGAUAUUGAACUCGGUGCCCUUUUUUUUUUCUAAGCAAAAGACAGCCAUAACAACUAAGCCCAUCUCCGUGGUUGCUCAUCUCAUAGUGCCCCCGUAUGGACGAUGAGGAGGAUGAUGUGUUUGAGCCAGACCCCCACUGCUGGCGCACCACAUUCAGGGAAAUAAAGUGUGAAGACCGGGGCACACAGACACCUGGCCCUGCCCUGGCACUGAACAACGGCAUGCUGCCCUGUGGAGUCGCAGAGGAGCCCAGACCACUCUUCUACGGCAACGCAGGUUUUCGAUUGCACUUCCCGGCACACUUUGAACUUGUUGGGGAUCAGGAAGCAAGGCAACAAGAAAGUGAAGAGGAGCGAAACGGGAUGGAGCAGCUACCCCGGCAGCAGCCUGUGGCGCGCAGUGUGGAGGCCUGUAUUGGGCAGAAACUCCAGCUGAUAGGAGACCAGUUUCACCGGGAACACCUACAACUGUAUCAUCGAAACCAAAGGAACCAGGGGCCGCUGUGGUGGCGCUUGGUCGCAGCUCUGCUAAGCCUUCUGUUGGACAGGGGGUUCAUUGCUGGUGGAGAUGGAGCAAGACGGAGGUGAGGGGGGUCUUCCCCUCACGUCCCUUUUCUUCAUCUCUAUGAGGAACUGGGCUCCCAAUGGCACUGUCAAAUCUAACACGGGUCUGUUUUUGGGGGGAAAUAGAAAGGAGACAAGGUCACCGCGGGACGGAGACAACCAACUUUUAUAAAAGGGCGUGUGUUUUUUCUUUCCAAGAAGAUGCCAUGAUGUUCCAAGAUUCCUCUACAGGACAAUGUUCAUAUUUUCAUAUAUGUGUGGUGUAGUAGUUUUGUACAGUAAAUUGUUCUUGUUAAAUUUUUUGCACUUCAACAUGUAUCCAUCUUUAAUGACCUCCACAGACCCUGGGAAUGCCUUAUUCAGUGUCUUCUGCCAGAAUGAGUAUUGAGCAAUUUUGACAGGCAAGAUGAGAUGGUUAGGAAAUGUGGUGUGAGGUUUUCUUUUCUGAAGUUUCCCAGGUGACCAGUCAAGUUGAUUUACUAAUAUUUCCAAAGAGGCAACUUCUCAGAACAAAGCAUUUUGCACCUCACCUCAAUGGAACAUUUGUCUUUUCUUGUUUUCUUUCUUUUUAUUUGUCUUUUCUUUCUCCUCUGGUUUCUUCUUUUUUCGGUAUGGUGUUACAUUUAAACACGAUCCCUCAGUAUCAUCCAAAAUAUUGGGAAAAAAGGAAAGUUUCUGCACAUUAAAAAGUCUGCACACCAGGAAAUGUAGUCUAAAUAUCUUUUUGAAAAUCACUGAAAAAUUAUUGAUGCAAGCCUUUCUUUAGUCAUUUGCUACAUGUCAAACAAUUAGAUUUUUCUUUUUUUGAUGGCUCAGGAAGUUUCAGGGCGAGGUGUAGUACUGAACAUCACUCCCCGGUCAGACAAGCCUGGUGACUGCCAAAAAAAACCUGUGGACAACAGCAUUCAGUCAGCCUGGAUGGAAAGAACUGGUUGAUGCUGUUAUUGGCAUUAAGAAACAGGAUUAUUGAUACUGCAAACAAAUAUAAAAAAGAAGUACUUUAAUUAGCUGUAAUUAAUAGGUGUUACAUUAAAUUACCAGACCUUUGAGCAGUAACAAACAACCCACUGGUGAAUAAUUAAAAGUCUAAUGACCCAAUGAAAUCACUGUAAAAUCAAAACAUUAUUCAGAAUUUUGAGAUUUCACCCAAUUAUUUGAACAAAUCACUUAAUUAAAAUAUACCAGUUUGGACUAUGCUAGUAUCAUUCUGUGUUGCCAUUAUAUUCCUGUGGUGAUCAGAAAACAUUAAUUCAGUUUUCAUAUGUUUACCUCGAUUGUUCAAGGGUGUUUGUUACUGUGCAGUCCAUUGGUCAUCUUGCCAGCUAAUCUAAUGCUUAUUACUUACAGCUACCUGUGACUCUGACUAAAUGAUGUUAGAGAUGUAGCACGCUGAAUAGAUGUUUAGAUUCAAGUUGUGGUGGGCGGACUUUUGCAUGCGUAGAGAAAACCUUUGAAGGUCUAGCACUGUGCACUACAUUAUAACAAGCACAGUGUCAAGCACAUUGUUUGCUAUUGCAAAGUAACAUGUUCUUUCCCUCCAAAAAUAACAACAAAGCUAUUUGGCCGAGUCUGCCAUUAUGAUUGUCAUAUUAAUUUCACCAGUUACUUAGUUUUCAGUUUGGCCUUGUUUCCAGUUUCAUUCUCUGAUACAAGAUUCCCUUAGUUUUAGAUGUGUACUUUUCAUGUGAUUUUUUUUUUUUUUUUUUUUUUUUUUUUUUUCUCUCAGACGUCCAUGCCCUUAAAGUGGAGCUACGGAUCCACUGUUUUUGCACUAGACUUAAACCCUUCAAGAGUUCAGAUUGUCACCAAGCAAACCUCUGUCUUGUAUGAAGGUUUUCAGUUAUGUCUUGUUUUCUCGCCACAACAUUUCAGACGUAGUCAUGCACAUGUCCAAGACAAACAAUCAAUCUUGAGACCCGACUGAAGACAGUCUGGAAUCUGGAUUGGAUAUGGGUUCUGGAAAUUUCAAGUGCCAGUGUUUCAGGCUACAAAAGAGUUACAAUAGAGCCAUGUGCCUCAAUUGAAAGGUUUCUAAGUCCUGGUUUGCUUUUCACAGCCUGUGUGUGUUCUGAACACCAAACAAUACCCCAUAAUCAAUCUGUGAGACAAAAUUUCCUCCUCUCAGUCCAUGGGGUUUUACACCAUUUUAUAUUCUGUUGGGUGAUCUUGUACUGUCUUUGGUGCGCGGAUCCAGAUUUGGGACAUUUUUAGCAUGUAUAACCACCACUGACUCGGCAGACAAACAGUCUCUCCGAGGUGAAAAAAAAAGUGAAAAAGACUGUAAUUAUUGUUGAAAUAUGAAUAUGUUUAAAGACACUGUUGAAGAUGCUGUUUGUUAUAUUUUCCAUUGCUGAACCCAGGCCAAUGUUUGGACCCAAGGAGCAGUACAUAUCAGGGGUCUGUAAUUACUUGCUCCUUACAAUGUGUCAAGUUUAUCACUGCAUAAUUAGGGUUUCCUCUCAUUUUCUAAAAGAUGUCUCAGGGACAGACUUUCUGGGCUACUGGUAUCCUUGAGAAUCUGUUACAUGGUUAGAAGAAGAGCAGUGUUUUCACCCAUUUAUUUAUGAUGAAUACUCUCAAGGUAUUGUCAACUCUUAUUUUCAUUUCAGUUCAAAUUUCCUCUUGACCAAUUUCUCAGCACACACAUAAAGGUACAGUUUGACUGAGGAGUCUGAGGCUGACUUGCUGACUGUGGUGGUGACGGGGGACUACUGAGCAUGUAGUAAACAGGCGUGUGAGGUGCACUGAAUGUGGUUGUGGUUAUAGUUUCCUGCGGAUCCUGAACGCUGAGCCAGUCCCUGUAGUGCCCCGUCUCACCAUUGGCUCUUGACUUCCUCCUUGUGCUGCUCCUUCGUUACUUGGGUGUUGUUCAUCGGUUCAUUUUCUUUGUAAUUUAUUUUUUUUCCUUCUUAUUUAUUGUUUGUAUAUUUGCCCAUUUCUACUGUAUACACUUGUGUGUGCAAUUACUUCUUAUUUUCCUUUUUUUGUUUUGGUCUUGGACUUGUAUAUGCUUUAGUUGUUUGUGCAGAGCAAGUUGUGUCUGACUUUGCUUCAUGUGACAAUGAACCCAAAAUCAACAUUUGUAGUAUUACUCAUCCUUUGGAGUUUUAAAAGGGUGGCUGUAGCAACUUUGUAGUUUGGCCCUCCAUGAAGACCAGCAGCUAUGAUCACUUUGAAUUCAUAUCGGUACUUUUGGAAAGCAUAGUAACCAAAAUGCAUUUACAGUGACUGCAGCUGCUGCUCUUCAUGGUGAUGAUAACAACAAACCUCUUACAGUUACCUUUCAAGCUUACAGGGGUGGGUGUCUGAUACUCAAAAAACAGAUUUUGGGUGGAGCAUUUCACUUAAAGGUUGUGAUUUUCCAGGGAUGGGCCCAACCAAUUCAGACCUUUUUCCCUAUCUUCCACCACCGCUUCACCAGUCAUCAUGGUCGGAUUCACAAUAUGUGGUUUGCAAAAGCAGUAGCUUCAAUACAGUUUUCAACAGAAUGUGACCAUUUCCCUUAUAAUUAAUGAGUCAUCACCCCUACCACCCACUGCUAAUGAUACAGAUGUCAUUAGAAGUGGUUCAAAACACACAUAAAAAAGGUUGCCUUGAUAUUCUCCACAAGUCACAGGGCGUUAGUUUAUGGGUUCAAUUCUUUAAUCUUGAUCAUUGUGUUGUAAUCAACAUGCACUGGAAAGUACUUUCGACCUGGAGAUCCCGUGGGUUCCCUAUCUUUUGUGUGUUAAUGUAUAGUAUACACUCUGGAUUGUUUUCUUAGGCUGAUCUUGCUAUAUAUCUGUGCAUUGACCAAGUAGGCUGUGGAAUGAUGGCCUGUUUGAUCUAUUGGAAAGGGUUACAAGCCACCAUGGUUCCCUGUAUAAUUUUGUUAGAAUGAGGUUCCCAAACUGCACUCAUCACAUUAUAUGUGAGUGUAGAGAAUCCAUAGGGUGGGACAUGUAUUUUAUGGAAACCGCAGUGUCUUGAAUUUUGUAGUCCACUUUAUAUAAAUUUGAAGUUUUGCAGGAAGGUUUUGAUUUUGAAUUUUUUUUUAACGAUAUCUUUUCUUCUUCAUGGUCUUUUUCAAAAUGUAUUUUCUUAAGAAAAAAGGGUCUGCUUAUAAAAGGACAGUUCAUGCUUGUAAAAUAAUUUUUAUUACGAGUAGGAUCCUUUUGAAGUCCAUGAGAUCAAGGGCAUUUUUUUUUUUUCAUAAAAAUGAACUUGCAACAUUCCUUGCACAUCUCAUCGUAGUGUAUAAACAAAGCCAAGCAAACCAAAAUAUGUGAUGGUUGUGGUUAAUUUGGCUCAUGGGUUAUAGCUAUGAAAUAUCUGCCCUUCUUUAAAGAACAGAUAAAGUGUAAAUGUAUUUCUAAAAUCCUGGAAUAUGCCUUUAACUGCUCAGUUUCAUCGAAGUCUUGAUUAUCACACACUCUCUGUAUACCAAGAAAUGAGACCCAGCGAAAAUGUAGCAUUUUUGUAAACAUUGACUGUGUGUUUUCGAGACUCUACUGUGCACUCAUUUUUUUUGUCUGUUUAUAUAUAUUUUUUUGGUUGUUGAUAUAAAAUGGAAGUAAAGACAAUUUGUUAUGUAGUGCAAUAUGCUGUACAUACAGAGCUUUGCUCUACAAAUCUUUUUUCUGGAUUUCUUGUUGUUUAUUGGUACUUUUUUCAAUAAAAUUUUA